CUGCUCUUCCCACCACACCACUCCUGUCGCAUUAAUUCCACGAAACGUCCCACGCCGAUCGCUGCGUCACUUUCUCACCAUCGGCGUCGCGUACACACCGCCAAACUGGAGCUGGACAAGGAGAACCGCCCGCCGCGCGGAAUGGCGCUGGCGGAGAAGAGGAAGACGAGAGGCGGCACGCCUGGGCGACCGCAGAAGAAGGGGAACCAGUAUUUCGAGAUUGGCAAGGUUGGACGAAAAACCGGCAUCACGCUCGAAGACAAGGGGAUUCGCGAUGAGAAUGGGCUCGAGCCGAUGGAGCACAUCUUCUCCUCGCCCGUUCGUAAAGUGGACGAGGGGAGUGACGAUGGUGAUGUUUUGAUGCAAGAGAGCUCCGGCCCCGAAGUCGACAUGACCCUCAUAGCGCGGAAAACGCCGCGUCUACCACCUCCACGAGCCUCUACUCCCAAACACACGAACAUUGGAUCGCCCAAGCGCAUGUCUACCGGCAGACCAUACACCCAACGACCCGCGGAGCGCGAGGAGCGGGAGGACAGCCCUACGCGACCGCGCACUCAACCUCCCACGAAUCGCAUGCUUGAUUUCAGCGCGGAUAACGUGCAUCAGAGUAUCGAGAAACCGAGUCCGUUCAAGCCGAGGCAUGCGUUGAGGCGAUCCACUGCGCCGCAAGAUCUACCCUCCUCACCUUCGCGGCCUGCUGCGCAAUCGAUUGUUGAGGUUGAAGACGAUGUGGCCGAGGAGAACGAUGUACAAUUGGUGGACGAUGCGCCGAUGCCACUGGAUGAGGAUGAUCACUACGUCGCGCUGCCCGAUGAGCAGGACGUUGAACUCGAUGAAGCACAGGCUGGAGCGGCGCUAGAACCUCCGACGGAAGCUCCGAUGCAAGAUGAGUCCAUUGACCACGAUCAACACAUGGACAGCCCAAGCAUGCCCCGAUCAGGCUCGAGUGGGAAACGAGAUCGAUCUGUGCUAGAGAAUGACGAAGUAGAACAUGAGCAAAGUGCUUUUGACUCGCGGUUGGACGACUCGGCACCGGCGAGCAAGAAGCAGCGUGGCAAGCAGGCGAAGCAAGUCACCAUUCACCACCGAAACGGCGAAGACGAGACGAUAGAUCCAGCACUGCUCGCCGGCGGCGACAUGUACGAACCUGCCCCCACCCUCGAAGCCGCUCUCGCGAAGGGCACCAAAGGCAAAGGAAAGAAGGGCAAGAUCCUCAAAGAUAAAGACGCCAACCGCGGUGUGCGAGCUCAAAGUCAGUCAGUCAGAAUCCACGAGUCUCCCUCGAAACUCCGCGCAGGCAGCCGGCAGGGCAGCACUGGACCCGUUAACAACUUCCACCUGCGCGCCACCACUCCCUUCGAAGACGCAGGUGAGCGCGUGUCACGCUUCGGCCGAAACUUGAUCCAGCCGUUGAAGUACUGGGCGAACGAAACGCGCAUCUGGAACCGCGGGACGAUUGAAGGCAUCGUGCGUGCAGAAGAGGUGUCGAAACCCAAGCGAAAAGUACCGAAGAAGAAGAAGAAGCGGGCAGGCAAACUGGACGAUAUCGAGGAGGAGAACAGCGAUGCGGAGUCGGUGAUGGCUGAUGAAUGGGAGGACGAAGUGGGCGUCAUCGCAGGCUUCGUUGCAAACUGGGAUACGGAGACUCAAAUGGGCAAUGCGGAAGAUCUGAUACGAGAAGGUAAUGUGUCGCCUACUAUCGCCCCACCAAUGCUUUUGCUAACCCUCACAGACCUCGCCUUCGCCUCCUCCUCCAUUGUCACGCGCGACGUGGCCAACUCGGACUUCCGCUACGCGAAAAUCAUGACGCUGCCCUUCUUCGGCGCGGGGCUGGUGGAGCUGCCGCCCGAAGCGACGAAGCGCGUCAAGAACAGCCGCAAGAUGCACAUGUGCUUCUUCGUGCACGCGGGCAAGGUGAUGGUGGAGAUUGGCGCGGCGGGCGUCAAGGACGUGACGCAGUUUGCCAUUGCCAAGGGCGGGGUUUGGGUGGUGCCUAGAGGUGAGUGCUUUUUGCUUCUUUUGCUUCUUCUUGCGUUUCUGGCCCCUCUGGACUAGCUCUGCCUCUGCCUCGAUCGAUGCCCAUUUCUGCAGCACUUGCAUCCGACGAGUGGAUGACGGAAGCGCCUCGGCGGUCAGCGCGAAGUGGUGUGCGAGCAGUGUCAUUGUGCGACCAGGCGUUCGAAUAAACGCAUCCACGCGCGCACCCGUCCACCUGCUGCAAAGCAAAAGCAGCAGGGGGAAGGUCGCACCGUGUAACGCGCCAACCA